AUGGCUUCCUCAACUUGUAGCAUUGAUCUGUCGGGUCCCACAUAUUGUAUUGUCUCAGGGGCCUCACAGGGUAUCGGUCGAGCGAUUGCUGCAGAAGUGGCAAAGCUGUUAGGGCCAAAGUCUCUUAUGUUGCUAUUAGCACGUAAUGCAGAUGAAUUGGCCAAAACUGCUUCGAUGUGCCAAUCCGAUAAUGUCAAAGCCAUCUAUAAAUCAAUUGAUUUGGGCAAAGCAUCAACCAAAGAGAUGAAUGAUCUUAUCAUUAAUUCUCUUGAAGGUUAUAAAGUGACAGAUUUUGCAACUUGCUUAAUUUUCCAUAAUGUAGGCUCUCUGGGUAACUUAGCUGUUGAGACCUCACGAAUUGAAGAUUCAAAUGAACUUGCACAAUAUUAUGAUCUUAAUGUAUUUAAGGUUAUAUCUUUAAAUACGCAAUUUUUAAAGAUUUUUGAGUCCGUUGAGGACAGGAUUAUUAUUGUUAAUAUAACAUCUUUGUGCGCUAUCAAGCCAAUGAGUGGUAUGGCUUACUACUGUAGCGGUAAAGCUGCGAGGGAGAUGUAUUUCAAGGUACUUGCUGAAGAGAAAAAACAUAUUAAGGUGUUAAACUAUUCACCUGGCCCAGUGGAGACAUCUAUGAUUGACUAUGUGUUGUCAGAAGCAGUGAACGAUAACCUGAGGGAUGUAUUUACAUCAUUCAAGAACCAGGGAGUACUACUAAAGCCUGAUAUGACAGCUCGGAAAUGUAUGAAAGUUCUCCAAGCUGGAAAGUUCACUCCCGGAGAGCAUGUUGAUUAUUUUGAUGAUGAAUGAAGUAAGAGAAAUUUAACACAUUGAAUGCUGUCCACUUUGUGAGUUUUAUACAAGAAAAUUGUAGUGGCAUAGAAUGUGUUAAAAUGCUUAUGAAACUUAUGACAAAAUUUAAUCUCGAUAAUCAUCAUGACUUAGAAAUUGUCUUUUAAAUGUG